UCGGGAACGGUUAUAAUUUUUCCAAUGAGUAUCUGAAAUGGCCUCUAGUUUCAGCGAUCAGGCUAUUCUCCGAAGAGUUGGACGAUUUUCUGGUGAACAGCAACCAAUAUGCCCUAAUAGCGUCCUCUUAAAUGCCCUGAAACCGACCACUUUUGGGCGAACGACAGCCUCAAACGUACGGUUGUUAUCGUGCAAGGUCCCGCUUAUGAUAUCCCGUAAACACGCAUCAAUAAUAUUUCAAGACGAGAAAUGGACGAUAAUCGAUCACAAUAGUUUAAAUGGGGUGUUUGUAAAUGGACAACGAUUACCAGCUGAUACACCUCAGGAAAUAAAGCCUGGAGACAGCAUAUGUUUUGGUGUAGCUAUAGAAAAUAAUGUUCAUGAAUUUGAUUACUUCUUUGAAAUGGCCCCCUGCAUUAAAAAACGAAAACUGGAGUUUGGAGAUGCGCAGGAAAAAGAACCAAAAGUUCGAAAAAUUCUCAAGGAUAGCAUUGAAAGAAACAGCGAAAAUGUACCUGGACCUAGUGGAGAAAACUUGAAGGAAAUGGCUAAAAGUACAGCUUGCAAAAUUCAGGAAUCGGAAAAAAAAAUUGAAGGACUAAACUUGCUUCUUGCUGAAAAAGAGAAGGCAUACUUGAGUCAACUGGAACAAAAGAAGGACCUUGCCGAGCAAUUGCUACAGCAGAAAGAGGGAUUAGAAAGGGAAAAGGAGGAGCAGGAGAAGUACCUGAUGGGAUUAAUGCAGGAUAAACUUAGGGAUAAAGAGAGGGACCUCAAUGAUCAGUUAGAACAACAGAAAGCAAUACUUCUGGCAGAGAAGGAGGAAGUGGAAAAAAAUCUUAUUGAGGAAAUGGGCAGAAAAAUUGAAGAAAAGGACAAGGAGUUGACAGACCAAUUGAAGACCCAACGAGACCGCCUGGAGAAUAUCUUACAGAUCAAAAUUGAUGAGCAGAUGCGUUUACAGGAGGAACUGACACAGAACAAAGUGGAGCAAGAGAAACUGGAAGGCAUGCAAAUGAAUGAGAAAAAGAUGGAGGAAAAUUUAGAACUACUUCGGGAGGAACUCGUAGAGAAACAAAAACAACUAACUAAACAAGAGGAAAUCACGAGAAAUGCCGAGGAAAUGGCAAAGAAAGUUUUGGUCGAGAAAAUGGAGGAUGAGUUCACCUGCAUCAUUUGUCAGGAAUUGUUUUUCGAAGCAAUGACUUUAGCCUGUUCACAUUCAUUCUGCGAUUAUUGUUUGAAAUUGUGGCUAAAAAAGAAAAAGACUUGUCCGAUUUGUAGGACUGAUAUCAACGGGACAUUUGUUCGAUCUCGAGUGUUGGACAGCGCAGUUGAGAAAAUUGUUGAAACGAUGGAUGAAGAAACAAAAAACAGACGACAAGCGGUAUUUGAAGAAAGGAAAAAGAAAGAAGUUGAAGUUACUAUCAUUAAUGAUAGUCCACCUGGUACCAUACCUAUCACUGGUGGUAACCAAGGCAACCCGAUCGUCAUUAGGAAUGAUGACGAGUUAAUGGAACGCCGUAUACCACCGGUAUUUUUCCCGCGCAUGCUGAUACGCCCUGCGGGUGCUCUGCCCGACGGUCAUGCGCAACAAGCUGCCGUACCUAAUCCUGUUCGCAGGCGACGGCCUCAUGGCGGAAGCCCUUAUCGAGGACAGAAUAAUGAUCAUUGUUUCAACUGCGGAAUGCGAGGUCACUGGUCCAGAGCGUGUCCAUUCAGGCGAUGACAAAGAAUUUUUUAAUCUUUAGAUAUUUUUAGAUAUUUGGGUAUUGUAAAUACUUCUUUAUAGUU